AUGCCCAUGCGUACCAUCAAGCUCUCGGACGGCAAGGUCAUCCCCGCCCUCGGCUGGGGCAACGGCUCCGGCGGCAUCAUGCGCAACUCGGACAAGGCUGUCGACUGCGGUGUCACUGCGCUCAAGGCUGGUAUCCUCCAUAUCGACACGGCGCAGUACUACGAGACUGAGGCUGAGACGGCCGAGGCGAUUGUCAAGUCUGGCAUCUCGCGCGACAAGGUCUGGAUCACGGACAAGGCUCGCGAAAUUCUUGCGAUGAAGCUGACAACAGUGUCCCAGACUGAGCCCGGUGUCAUCCGCGAGGCUGUCCUGGAGUCGCUCGCCAAGCUCGACACUCGUCCGGACCUGCUCCUGAUCCACAACCCGUUCGUGGGCGAUGCAGCGAACCAGGGCAAGAUUGCCGAGUUCUGGCGCAUCCUGGAGGACAUGGUGUUUGACGGCACGGUGCACAAUGUGUCGCUCGGCUUCUCCAACUUCCGUCCCCAGGACGUCAAGGAGGUGCUCAAGGUUGCGCGCAUCAACCCCGUCGUGAACCAGCUCGAGUUCCACCCCUACGUGCUCGCCCAGCUCGAGCCGCUCCUCGAGUACCAGAAGAAGAACGGCAUCACGACCGAGGCCUACGGCCCCCUCACGCCGCUGCUCCGCCACCCGACCGGCGGACCGGUCAAGCCCGUCCUUGAGCGCAUCGCCCGCGCCCACGGUUGCGACCCCGCCUCCGUCCUCUACCUCUGGACCGUCCAGAAGGGCGUUGUUGCGGUUACGACGAGCACGAACCCGGACAACAUCAAGAAGAUCGCCGACGUCAACUCGCUGCCCGACCUCACUGCUGAUGAGAUCAAGCAGAUCGACGACGCGGGCAAGCAGGUCCACUUCAGGUACUACAAGGAGCACAUGACCAAGGACUACCCGGCGCCCGACCUUCCCGAGGACACCAAGCAGUAA